UUGUAUACUGGAGGCAUAUCAGACAAGGAAAUCACUAAACAGUCUGGAAUUCUCUCAUUGCUUGAAAGAGGAGACAAUGUAAUGGCUGAUAGAGGUUUUGUUAUAAAUGACCUCCUUGAGCCUCUUGGGUGUACUUUGAAUAUACUUCCUUUCCUUAAUAACCAGGGUCAGUUUACAGAAGAUGAAGUAAAAGAGACUCAGGAAAUCGCAAAUGUGAGAAUACAUGUUGAGAGGGCAAUAAGCAGAAUCAAGACAUUCAAAAUCCUGCAAAAUGUAUUUGCUAUUAAUCAGACUGGUUUGCUUAAUCAAAUCUGGACAGUCUGUGCACUUUUGGUC